AUGGCCGACCAUGUCCCAAGAAUAGCUAUGUGGACAGGGCUUCGCCAGCAUCUCGUCAAGCUCACCUCCCAUUUCUUGAGAAGUGCCUCCGACUACAUCCGCUUCCACGCCGUCUGCAAGUGUUGGCGUUCCGCCGUCCCCCCCUGGCCCCGUCACCUCCCCGCUCAGCUCCCCUUCCUCCUCUACCUCUCUACCCUAGAACCAAGAAACAGUUCUGCCUUCUGCCUCGCCAACGCCUUUAAUGGAAGCAUGCGCCGCCUACCUCACACCACCAGCAUGUAUUGCAUCGGCUCCUCUUACGGGUGGCUCAUCCUCAUCUCCAAAGUCACCUCCGCGGUCUCCCUCUUCAACCCCGUCACCGCCGAAGACAUUCCUCUCCCCCCACUCUCCACCCUCCCAUCAUGCGAAGAGAAGAUGAGUUUGGAGGGGGAAGAUACCCUGGUGUCGACCGUGAGCGUGGUCAACCUGGAAAAUGGUGAGAUCACGGAGGUUAUCGAUUCCGGCGGGUCUGAGCCGGAUGGGCUCGAGUGGCUGUCGGACCGGUUGGACAUUCCCUGGUGGGUGGCCCCCAAUCUUGGCAGGGGCAAGAACUAG